AUGAACUCCGUAGCAUCCGUGGACGACAAUAUUAAGGGGAAUGAGGAUAAAAACAUGGUAGUGGAUAAGGGCGGCCAUGGGGAAACAGGCCAAUGUGGUGAGGAGAACGAUCAGAAGGGGCCAGAGAGCGCACCGACAAAACCAGUGGCUGCCAAAGAAGAGCUUGACGAUUUUGGCCUGCCGGUUAGGCCGCGAAGAUCAACUCUAGCAGCGAGAUCCGUGUCAACGCAUAGUGUACCCUCCGGCCCUCCAGAUAGGCUGAAUACACCUCCAGACUCAGGUAUCUCAAAGCCCAUGGUCAGAUCAGUAUCUGUGCCUCUUGAGGCGCCGAAACAAAAGGCAACUGAUUCACCCGCUGAAGAACCUGGAUCAGAUGUAAAUCAUCGUGAUGCCUGCACAGGCUUAUCAGAGACACAAGAGACUGGCACUUCCACAAAACCCAGUGAUCCCAAGCCACCCCAUGAGGCGCAUUCAAAAGAUGUAUCGGAGUGGUCACAUCAGAAGGUAACAACAAAAGACGACUCUGAAGAAGAAGAGGAGGAGGAUACAUGGCAAGCUAUGCCAGCCCUAGGGGAAUUUGAUGUUUACGAUGAUUAUGGAAGAAUUGUGGCUCGCGGUGCCAAAGAUGAUGAUGAUACAGUUUAUCAAGGGUUAGGGGGGGCUGGGAAGGGAUAUACCCGGAUUCAAAUUGACGAAGAUGCACAGUCUGCAACAAGUAUGGAUGAAAAUACGAAUUACUUGUUCAAGGAACCCCAAAGUAAUGCUCUUGGUGUUGAAGACGAUGAUCUACGCGACCCAACCUCACAAUUAGAAGCAACAAAAGAUUUGCUUACUGAAGGCCAGCGAAUCGCGUAUGUUGGAGCUACAAGAUUAACUAUUUUCCAAAUGGUUAAGCAAGUGGAAUCAUACGAGUCAUCGUCAAAAACGACGCGCAAAUUCUUAAGCACUGCAGUAGAUUCAAUGACGAAAUGGGGCCAACAAAUUAUGAUCCGGCUAUACGGGCAUAUGGAAAUUAACUCCGAUGAACAGGUGAUGAUUGAACAACUGGCUGAACAUGGGGUUCGGCCAGAGGACCUGGUUUCUCCACUGAUGCAGAAUGCUCGUGUUAAGAAUCCCCUUGCCGGGGAAUUUGAAUCCAGCCCCAAAGAAUCAGUUGAUGAGUCUGUCGCGGACGUUGACAAUAAGACAUCAAAGCUCUCAGAUGAGCCGUCACGAUUACCCACGCCUCCACCGCCUUAUGAGUAUAACGACAGUAAUGAAAUACCAGAAAUCCAAUCAUCCUUCGAAAUUGAACAGUCUAAAGAUCUAGAUAUAGAUCUUCGAUGGACUGUACUUUGUGACCUGUUUCUCGUUCUUAUCGCCGAUGCAACGUACGAUGCCAGGUCUAGAAAGCUACUUGAAUUAGUUGGAGAGUCCAUGCAUGUUUCCUGGAAUCAAAUCUGCCGAUUUGAGAAACGCAUUAUUGAUGCUUUAGAAAUGCAACAAGAAGCUAGCAAGGAGACAUGGGAUGAAGCACAGCAUUUGGAAUCGCGAAGGAAGGCUGCUUUGAAGCAACGGUAUCUGAUAAUGGGCUUAGCAACGGUUGGAGGCGGCCUGGUAAUUGGCCUCUCAGCUGGGCUUCUUGCACCUGUCAUUGGUGCCGGCCUUGCUGCUGGCUUUACAACUAUUGGAGUCGGCGGUACGAGUGCCUUCCUUGGCGGAGUUGGUGGAACGGCCCUGAUAACCUCCGGCGCAACCGUUGCCGGGAGUACCAUUGGGAUUAAGGCCUCCAAUAGAAGGACGGGCGCUGUCAAAACAUUUGAGUAUCGCCCGUUACACAACAACAAACGACUCAAUCUUAUUGUGACAGUCUCGGGAUGGAUGAAUGGCAAGGUCGAUGACAUCCGGCUACCAUUUAGUACUGUGGAUCCUAUCAUGGGCGACAUUUACUCUGUUCUGUGGGAGCCCGAGAUGCUGCAAAGUACGGGACAGACCAUCAACAUCCUUGCUACUGAGGCUCUUACACAAGGUCUUCAACAAGUCCUAGGUGCCACGAUUCUCACAGCUUUGAUGGCAUCGCUACAAUUGCCUAUUGUUCUAACUAAGCUAUCGUAUCUGAUUGACAAUCCCUGGAACGUGUCACUCGCCCGUGCAAAUGCUGCUGGGUUAAUCCUGGCUGAUUCUUUGAUAAAUAAGAACUUGGGCAAUAGACCCAUCACCCUCCUUGGAUUCUCACUGGGAUCACGCUUGAUAUUUUCCUGUCUGAAGGAGCUUGCAAAUAAAGGUGCAUUUGGACUGGUCCAAAACGUAUAUCUAUUUGGUUCUCCUGUCGUCGUAUCCAAGGACGAGUAUACCAGGGCCCGAAGCGUUGUAUCCGGGAGGUUUGUGAAUGGUUAUUCUUCGAAUGACUGGAUUCUCGGUUAUCUUUUCCGGGCAACCAGCGGUGGAAUUAUGCGUGUAGCUGGACUCGCCCCUGUCGAAGGUGUUCCUGAGAUUGAAAAUGUCAACGUUACACAUCUAGUCAGCGGCCACAUGGCUUACCGUACCGCAAUGCCUCGACUGCUACGAGAGGUUGGAUGGGAUGUAGAAAGCGACGAGUUUACUGAAAUCGAAGACCCUGAUCCAGAAAAGCACGAAGAGCGGCAGCGUGAAUUAAUGCGGGAGAUAGACGAAGCUCGCAGACAAGCCGAGUUGAAGCCGGACAAGAAGAGAUUUGGCUUCUUCAAGAGCGGGAAGCUUGCUCAAAAGAAACGGUGGGAAACUUAUGAUGUGAACAAGAAUGCAAAAGAGCCGAGCUCAUCUGGAAAGCCGGGCGAUGCGGACAGCUCUGUUCUCUUUGAUAUUGAUGCCAUCAGAGCUGAGCUUGCAGGCGAACAAAUUGAGAUCAAGCAGUUGGAGUCUACGCUGCCUCCCAUUAACCUUGAUCGAAGCAAUGAGCCAUCUACCCCUGCAAACACACAGGCAGAUUCAACACCAAAACUGGCAGCAGAGAAUAUGGCAAAUAAAGACGGAGAUAUUAAGCAAUCCCCUAACGUCUCUCAAGUCUUGUCUCCCGCGUCUAAUAACUCAUCAGCCUCAUUGGAAAACAAGAACCAGUCAAAAUUUACUACACAUUCAUGGCCUGCUCGAGAGGAGGAAAUUGAAAUGACUUUUGAUACCUCCUACAGCUCACCGGUCACCUCCCCUGCUCAGAAAUUUGAAUAUGACUCUCCAGGAUGUCCCACGAUCUCCUCGCCUAACAGCAGCCAUGGCCUCUCAGGCAUCAAUCCCUCUCAUAAUGCUUGGGCCGACCAGCAUGAUGAUUAUACCGAACCCAACAUAAAGAUGACGUUCCAAUGA